AUACACUUAUUUUGACAGUCCAAGGAAGAGUGUGAGUACCUUAUAAGUCUUGCUAAACCUCAUAUGGCGAGGUCAUCUGUCAUUGAUAAUAACACUGGUGGGGGUAAAGAAAGCAGGGUACGUACAAGCUCAGGAAUGUUUCUAAAGAGAGGACAAGAUAAAAUCGUCAGGGACAUAGAGAAAAGGAUAGCAGAAUUCACUUUUAUACCUAUAGAGCAUGGAGAAGAGCUUCAAGUUCUUCAUUAUGAAGUUGGACAGAAAUAUGAACCUCACUUUGAUUAUUUUAUUGAUGAGUUUAACACCAAGAAUGGAGGACAGCGGAUGGCUACUAUGUUGAUGUAUCUAUCAGAUGUUGAGGAAGGAGGCGAGACAGUGUUUCCUAAUGCCAAGGGAAAUAUCAGUGCUGUGCCUUGGUGGAAUGAGUUGUCUGAGUGUGGUAAAGGCGGUCUUGCUGUGAAGCCAAAGAUGGGAGAUGCGAUACUAUUUUGGAGCAUGAGGCCUGAUGCCACACUAGACCCUUCGAGUUUGCAUGGUGCAUGUCCUGUAAUUAGUGGGAACAAAUGGGCAGCUCCAAAGUGGAUGCAUGUCAGAGAGUACAGGUCUUAAGCCUUUCAGCAGACAGAGGAUCAAGGGCAACUAAAAUGCAUGUACCUGCUGGGAGAUUGUAUGGCAAUUGGAGUCUGAAUUCCUGUGAUUGUGGUGUGUCUCAUUUGCUAACCCUUUAAACUCAGGUUGUUUUUCUUAUUGUCUUUCAUUUAAGCAACUAGGUUAGAGUUUGCACUUUAAAAAAUUGCCUUUUGAUCCUGCAAAUAUAAGAGAAAUCCUGUAGAGCUAAUAGCUUUACAGUUUUUUUAACUUGUGCCUUAAUAAAUGAUUAAUUAAUUA